AAGUCUUCCCGUCUUCGCUUUGAAACAAAACUUAUUAUUCAAAUUAUUUAAUUUGUAGAGUAAUAAGAAGAAUUGCUAGAGUAAGUAACGGGAAAACAUUAAAUGCAUCAUGCCCAUAAAAAUAAAUGUCCAUGAACAGAAUGUUGGAGCAUUCUCAAAACUCAGAUGCUUGGUUAGCAUUUUUGGAAUUCAAUGUCAGGAGCAGACUCAGGAUUUUGUUGUUAAUAACUUGGCAAAAGUGCGGAUGCAUUUCAGGGUACAAAAUCAAGUAUCCCCGCUGGCAUGCAACAUUCUUGCUCUGCCACUAGAAGAUAAGAAUAAAGUCAAAGUUAUUGUGUCAUGCCAAGAUACCGAUGUGCCAUUUCAUUCCACUGUCAUGCUGGAUAAAUGGACACAGUUUGGCAGUAAGCAAAACUGUGAUAUAGUUGUUGACAAGUUUCGCACAUGCCUGCUGAAUGUUAUAAUAUUUGCAAGUAAGGUUGACGACUUUUGCCCUGCCAAAAUUUAUCAUGACGCUGAUUUUACGGACUUCAACUUGAGUGCUGCCGAGGGCAGCGUAGCCGUUCACAGAGUCAUACUAGCAGCUCACAGUGACGUCUUCCGAGCUAUGCUUAGCCAUGAAUGGAAGGAGACAACUGAAGGUCGAAUUGAAAUUGAGGGGGUCACUCUACAAACUCUCCGGUAUCUGAAGCAGUAUAUGUACCUUCGCAAACUGCCAGAUGAUGGACUGAAGCCAUUACUUCUGUUGGCAUCAUACUACUUGAUUGAUGAUUUAAAAGCAGAUUGCUUAUCAAGACUAGUUCUAAACUACAAGUCAGGAGAGUGGAGCAGUCUUCUGGAGUUUGCCGUGGAGAACAAAUUAUCAGAAUUGAUUUCAGCUAUAAUGCUGGUAAGUUCAGCAGUGGACCUUGAGGAUCAUCAAAAUGUGCAGGUGAAAAAACAAAAAUUGGCACAAUAACCAAUACAUUAUUAUUGUUAU